AUGAGUUCUUGGAUCUUUUUGAUUGUUUCACUAUCGAUUUCCUUGAGAACAAAUGCAGCAAUUAUAUCAAGUGUAAGUCAGCCUUGUAUUUAUUGGUCCCCUAAAUUUUUUUUUCCAGUGCUGUAAUCAACAAGACACUUCAACUCCUUGUUUAUCUUAUGAUAGUAGUAUGAUGGCUGAGUCAUUGGAUCAAGCAUUGUUCUCAUUUCCAAAUCUUGCAUCAGAAGAUAAAUCAACAUUGUUUCAUGAGCAAGAAGAUGUUUCUAGUGUGAGUUUUGUCAUUUUAUUUUUCGAACAAAAGUUGACUCAAAAAACAAACAUUUUGAGUAAACUAGUUAUAUUUCAUUGAACAAGUGGUCUAUGAACUUUUUAAAAGUGUUUUCUUCAAACCCCCGAACAAUAUUUAUAAAUAUAUAGAUUUUUUCCAGGUGAGACCAAUGACAAGUCGAAUAUCAAUCGCAACAAUGUCUUCAAGUUCGAGUUCCACAGCCAGCUUACAAUCAGAUUGUUCAACAUAUGCUUGUAUGAGUUGUAAAUUAGCAAUUCUGAAUGGGUUUUUGAAUAAUCCGUCGAUUUCUGCUGAAGAUCAUCAAACAUUUUCUGCACAGAAAGAUGAAUUGGUUCUCAAACUGGGUAAACUAAACCUUUUUGCUAAUCUUGGGAGAAAAAAAACUUGGUCUGGAAAAAAACUCUGGAAAUUUCUGACGAUUUAUUGAAAUAAUUUUAUGAUGUUUCAAAAAUUUAAAAAACUGAUUUUGAAUUUUUCUAAUAUUGUGCCAAAUGUAUUUGAUUAUUCUAAAAAAAAGUGCCUUUCUAAUGUUUUUAUUCAGAUUUGGUACCCUUUUAAAGUGAGUUAGGCUAACUUUCAAAAUAAAAUGUAGUUUCCAUAGAUCUUGUUUUCUCUCAACAAGAAAAAAAAAUGAAAAAUAAUUUUUGGUCGAAAAACUAGAGUAAUUUUAUAAGCCCACUAGUAUUUGCUCCAUAUGAUACUUCAUUUUUCAAUUUUAGGAACUUCUGAGGGAUCAUGUUAUGGUGGUGGGAAUCGAAAGAAGCGUCAAAAUUUCACAAUUCGAAAAAUGUUCAAAUCCUAUGUUCUUGUGAACCCCAAUCAAAGUCAGAGUCAGAAUCAGGACCAGAAUCAAGAAAUUCAAUAUCGCGAUCAAAGCCAGGGAAAUUCUAUAAAUCAAGAGAGUACCACAACUGAACCUACCGCAAAUUCAACAACAAAACCAAUUUUGGGUGUUGUGAAUAGUAUGGGUUGUGAAUAUCGUCGUGGUGAAUUAUUGACUGGAUCUUCGGAUUGGUGUGGAUUGUGUAAUCUAUGUUGGCAGUGGCGGAAAUUACCUGAUGAUUAUUUUCCAAAUUAUUUGAAUGAAGUGAAUUGUGAUUCACAAGAUGGUGGAUGUUUGUCAGGUAAUUUUCUUUUUUUUUCUGGAUUUAUAAUUCGAAGUUACGGUAAUCCAGGGUUUGGAGCUUGUAAAACAAUCUACAAAACAAUCACAAUUCUUCGAAAAAGUGGAGACGAGUGGAAAAAAGUCACAAUUGACACAAUAAACGCUUGUGAAUGUCAAGUUGGCAUUGGAUCACCUUUACAUUCUCUUGUUGUCAAAUAA